UAUUUUAAAUCAAUGUUUAAACCUCUACCAAUAAAGUAAACUAGCUUUAUGGAUAAUCUAUUCAAAAUAAAGUCAUAUCCAUUUCGGUAUUUAAGCGACACAAAGACACAACCGGUGAGCGUCAACACAAUGUCGAGGCCAUUCAAAGUUUGGAGUGGUGACAGAGCUAAUAAGAAGUCUGUGACUGCAGCCACUCUUCAAGAGCUGGUGUACAAGGGGAGACAGAAGCUGGGACUGGCGGACACAGAGGCUGUGAGGGUGGUGCUAGAUGAAGAUGGGACAGAAGUGGAUGAGGAGGACUACUUCACCUUCCUCUCCAACAAUGCAACGUUGCUGAUGUUGCGAACAUCAGAGAAGUGGAGGCCACAAGGAGCAGAGGAGGUGUCUCGUGAUGAAGUGGAUACGAUGGAUGGGGCCCAGGGGAUGUCUGAACGAGUGAAACAGCUGGUAUGCGGGCUACAGAGGGACGUAUCGCGGAUCAUAACGUUUUCCAAUGAGGACUUGCAGCAAAUUGUGGACGUAUCGGUGGAGGAGCUAGCAUCACUGCUGCAGGACACAGAGAGCUAUGCCAAGGCUCUACAGGAUUCGUGUAGUCGACAUCUGGAUGAGCGGCAGCAGGCUGCGGAGGCCAUUGACCUCCUGCGUCUCUACCACAGGGCGAGGCAGCACAGCCCGUAUGUGGAGGCGGGCAAGAAGAGGAAAGUCGAGGACCAGGAAUAGACUUUGUUUCGUGUUUCAUCCAAUCACUCAUCAUGUGCUUCAUAACAUAACUGGAGAUCUUGGCAGAGAAUGGGAGUCCUUAUUUUACAUUAUGUGUGCAAGUGAAUAUAUCUUAACAUUAAUAUCAUUAUAUUAACAGGUUGAAGGUGUAAUGCUUUACUUAUAUACACAGCAGGACUGUGAGUUUUGAUGAUCUUAAAGUAAUCGUUCCAGCCGUGAGUUGUCUCCAAAUCAUCUUGUCUGACACUGGCCACCUACUAACCCAGAUAUGAAGUCAGAUUAAGUACGUGUUAGAACAAUAGGGACAAGACAAUGCAUCUCAUUGGCAGAGUUAUGUCCCUUAAGUAUGCUGGAUCCUAUUAUCAUGGGUUAAAAUACCUAAUCAUGAUCCUUUGUUUAGCACUAUUCACAAGUGGGCUCACCAAAAUGGUGAAAGUAUGUGAUCAUUUUAACAGUCUGUGCCAACUAGUUCGGGAGUCUAAUAGUCCAAACAAGGUUCUUAACAUCAUUUUAAGUAGAUCAUAGUGUUUUGUAGACUACGACUAUCUGAGCCUAUUGACAGAACAUUAUUUCUCUAGACUUUCUCUUUGCACUCAUUGCUUACAGACUGCAAAAUGGUAGAAGUCUAUGACUUGCAUCCUUUUUUUUGCUUCUUCACGUACUAAGCUGACACACUGUGAUUUGACUGCUUUAAGUGGCAUUUAGAAGCUGGUAUGAUGAAGAGGAACACGUUUUAUGGAUAGACAACUUCUGAUUGAUGUAAAUGAUGCUUGAUGACAGUGUUAGGAUCUUCACUGAAAGGUCGCAUAUAUUGCAACAAAGAAGUUGUCCAUCCAUAAUAGGUGUUCCUCUACGCUAUGACUUUGUUAACAGUGUGUGGAACUCAAUUCUCUCAGUGAUACUAACAUGGAAACCUAAAUAUACAUUAAGCAGAGAGCCAGGUUACUAAAGUCUGCAAAGCAUCAGCUUCAGGGGUGAAGACAAAGUUGACUUACACAUUCCAGCAUCUUUUCUUUUAUUGCAGCUUUUCAGUAUCAGACUUGUCGUUUGACGAGUCAUUGACGACU